UCAGUGUCUGCCAGGAUUUACUCUGGUUGGCAAUGAAAUUCUAACAUGCAGAUUGGGAGAGCGGCUUCAAAUGGAUGGAGCACCUCCUGUUUGUCAAGUGCUCUGUCCUGCCAAUGAAUUACGAUUAGAUUCAACGGGUGUCAUAUUAAGUCCAGGAUACCCUGACAGCUACCCAAAUCUUCAGAUGUGUGCAUGGAGCAUUUCAGUUGAAAAAGGCUAUAACAUUAGCAUGUUUGUAGAAUUCUUCCAGACAGAAAAGGAAUUUGAUGUUCUUCAGGUGUAUGAUGGACCAAAUAUUCAAAGCCCAGUGCUUAUUUCACUCAGUGGGGAUUACUCCUCUGCUCUUAAUAUAUCUAGCAAUGGUCAUGAAGUUUUCCUGCAGUGGUCAGCAGAUCAUGGAAAUAAUAAAAAAGGAUUCAGGAUAAGAUAUAUAGCUCUCUACUGUAGUACUCCAGAAUCUCCCCCCCAUGGAUACAUCAUUAGUCAGACAGGAGGUCAACUUAAUAGUGUGGUUCGAUGGGCUUGUGACAGAGGAUUCAGGCUUGUUGGAAAAAGCAGCGCUGUAUGCAAAAAGUCUCCAUAUGGGUACCAUGCAUGGGAUGCACCUGUUCCAGCCUGUCAAGCAAUUUCUUGUGGGAUUCCUAAAGCACCAACAAAUGGUGGAAUACUCACAACAGAUUACUUGGUGGGGACCCGUGUUACCUAUUUCUGCAAUGAUGGCUACAGACUCUCAUCUAAGGAACUCACCACAGCGGUAUGUCAGUCUGAUGGAACAUGGAGCAAUCAUAAUAAAACACCUCGCUGUGUGGUUGUUACUUGCCCAAGCAUUAAUUCCUUCUCAUUGGAACAUGGAAGGUGGCGAAUUGUGAAUGGCUCCCAUUAUGAGUAUAAAACAAAAGUAGUUUUUAGCUGUGAUCCUGGUUAUCAUGGAUUAGGCCCCGCAUCUAUUGAAUGUCUUGCUAAUGGGACUUGGAGCUGGAGAAAUGAAAGACCAUACUGCCAAAUUAUUUCUUGUGGAGAACUUCCUACACCUCCAAAUGGGAAUAAGAUUGGAACUCAAAUUUCAUAUGGAUCAACAGCUAUCUUUACGUGUGAUUCAGGCUACAUGCUUGUGGGCUCUACUGUAAGAGAAUGCCUUUCUUCUGGACUCUGGAGUGGAACUGAAACCAGAUGCUUAGCGGGUCAUUGUGGAGUUCCAGAGCUCAUUGUGAAUGGACAAGUCAUUGGAGAAAAUUAUGGGUACAGAGACACAGUUGUUUAUCAGUGUAAUCCUGGCUUUCGAUUGAUUGGUUCUUCUGUACGGAUAUGCCAACAAGAUCACAAUUGGUCUGGUCAGCUGCCAUCCUGUGUGCCUGUUAGCUGUGGUCACCCUGGUAGCCCAAUUUAUGGAAGAACAAGUGGAAAUGGAUUCAACUUCAAUGAUAUUGUAACAUUCUCAUGCAACAUUGGGUAUAUAAUGCAAGGCCCAACAAAGGCCCAAUGCCAGGCCAACAGACAAUGGAGCCAUCCACCACCAGUAUGUAAAGUGGUCAACUGUUCUGAUCCAGGAAUUCCAGCUAAUUCUAAAAGAGAAAGUAAAAUAGAGCAUGGGAAUUUCACUUAUGGAACUGUGGUAUUCUACGACUGCAAUCCUGGCUAUUUUUUAUUUGGAUCCUCAGUUCUGAUAUGUCAACCAAAUGGCCAUUGGGAUAAACCUCUCCCAGAGUGUAUUAUGAUUGACUGUGGACAACCAGGUGUUCCUCCCAAUGCAAUCCUGUCUGGAGAGAAGUAUACAUUUGGUUCUACUGUUCAUUAUUCAUGUACAGGAAAACGAACCCUUCUUGGUCAAUCAGCACGUACCUGCCAAUUAAGUGGACAUUGGAGUGGAUCACAGCCUCAUUGUUCAGGUAUUUUUUGA